AUGUGGAAUUCUACAACGUCACCUACAAGUCAGGCUAAUACUACAAACGAACCAAAUAUUAUGGUAAUAACAAGUGCCAUCCGCGUCAAAUAUCCUGAAAAGAAACUAUUCAGAAAUAGCCGAUCUAACCAGCAACACUGCGAAUGCCUUUUAUUAUUUGUCUGUUUCACAUGUCCAGAUACCGAUUCUUCUAAUGAUUCGGGAACCGAGUCCCUUACGUGGAUUUCGUGGUUUUGCUCCCUUACGGGACACGAAUAUUUUGCAGAGGUUGCUGAAGAUUUCAUCGAAGAUGAUUUCAAUUUAACAGGCCUCAAUUCGAUGGUACCAUUUUAUAAAGAGGCUUUGGAAAUGAUAUUGGAUGUCGAACCCGAAGAAGAGACGAAAGUCCCGGAUGUAUCGAUUGUUGAAAAUUCAGCUGAAUUGCUUUACGGUCUUAUACAUCAACGCUACAUUAUAACACGUCAGGGAUUACAACAAAUGGUUGAGAAAUACGAAUCGACUCAUUUUGGUACUUGCCCAAGAUUUUACUGCCAAUCGUGCCCUGUAGUUCCAUGUGGUAGAAACGACAUACCCGCCUUGGAAACCGUCAAAUUAUUUUGUCCUAAUUGCCUUGAUCUGUAUACACCUCCAAGCUCACGAUAUCAUAAUAUUGACGGUGCCUACUUUGGAACAACAUUUCCGCAUCUCCUUUUCCAAUUAUACCCCGAUUUACUGCCGAGAACGCAGAAUCUUAUAUAUGAACCAAAAAUUUUCGGAUUUAAGGUUAAUGAAAGAAGCCGUAGUGGACCAAGAAUGCAAUGGUUGAGAAUGCGUCCGAGUGAAAAUGAAAAUGCUGAUGAUCCAGGCGCCGAUUCAGAUCUGGAAGGUGGGGAUGACCAAGGUGGGAAUGAUCCUCAUUUCUUCAAUCAAGGAACGGGCGAAAAUAAUGGAACACAAUUUCCGCCGCAUGAAGGCAGUUUUAGGAAAGAUAAGCCUUUUAACACAGACAUUAGCAAUAAAGGUGGUAAUAAUUGUGGGGUUCAAGAAAACCCUGAUGGAAAUAGAACCGGGAGAGGAUUACAUGUAGCUAAGAAGAUUAUUAUUCCUCGGGAUCGAUCAGUUAAUCGUUUAAAAGAGGCUGUUUCCAGUAAUUCAGAAGGAACUUUUGCCAUGGCUCCCUUAGCAAAGUUAAUUCCUUUUUUAAUGUCACCAACAAUUCCUACUACUCCCACGUCACCUACUACUGUUCCUAGUCCAACGGAAUCAACUGCAUCUUUGGCAUCAAUAUCUACUGAUAUAACUGCGUCUUGCCAACAAACAGUACCACCACCACCUUUGUCACCUUCAUCAAUCACAUCGUCAUCUUCAUCGUCGUUACAAUCAUUGUUGGAGAAAUUGCCGACGAGUAGUUAUCUAAGUGGCAACUCAUUUAGCGUAUAUGCUUCAUAUUUCUCCCAGGGAGAGAGGCCAACACCCCGAGAAGCUGCAAAUGAAAUAUCGAAAGAGACUGUCGGUGGAGCAAGCGAAAUUAAAAAGAAUGAAACUUCAGAACGAAGAGUAAACGGGCCUGGAAUAAUGGGCCUUGGAUUUGCUAGUGUGACAGAAAUGGGCAGAGACUUUUAUGAUAAGUGGACUAAUAGUAAAUCAGGUACUAAUGCUGAUGUUGCUGUUUCUAAUAACAAUAAUAAGAAAAAAUUAGAGACUCGUGAAGUCCUGUAA